UUGUCAUGUUUCAAAUCAAAUCUGCCCAAAUUCGCGUUUAGUUACAAAAAUAAACUCUCAUUCAGUAUUUGUUUCGAUUUCUGUGGCUUUUCUAUUUAUUAUGGAGUAAUACCUAACAGAAUAUAUCUAUCUGUUUAGGAAUUGUGUUCGUGUUUCAUACAUUUCCUUAAAAAUCGUACAAAUGAAAUGCAACGUCCGUGAACUCGCUCAUCUGAGCGAUCAACCUUGUGUUAUAGAAGGAAGACUGAAUUAUAAGAAGCUAUCUACUGCUAGUUAUCGACACCAGCCAGUAUUCAAAGAAAGAUGGUUCCGUCUAAUAAACAAUUAUUUGUUUUAUUUUAAAAUAAGUGAAAUGGGAAAAUUUGAUACUAAAAACCCUGCUGGGGUUUUUGUAAUGGAGAACUCAUCCAUUCAAAUGGAACAUGGACAGAAUAUACCAUUUUCAUUUUCAAUAUCUUUUAUUGAUGAGCCUGAGAAAAGGCACCUGUUUGCUGCUCGAGCUGAGGACAAUGUUGUCCAGUGGGUGAUCAAGCUCAGAGAAUGCUCCUAUGAGUACUUACGCAAUCAGCUCCAUACUUUACAGUCAAAAAUUUUCUCUAUCACUGGCAAAGACCCUUUGCUCCUGGUUCCACGAAAUGAGGGAGCUUGCCUAUGGGCCCCCGCUGUACCAUUCUCCACUGCAGCUGCAUGCACUGUGAACACCAGCUCAUUCAGCUGCCACCUUCAUACUAAUGGUGCAUUUACUCUCGAAAGAAGUAAAUCUGAUGUCCAAGCUCACAAGCAUUUACAUGGUCGUUACUCUAAGAAAACCACUUUCUAUACUGAUGAUAUUAAGACAGGUGAUCACAAAGAGGAGUCACCACAAGCCUUUGCUUUAGAAAGAAGUAAAACAUCAGGUCAGUUCUCAGGUAGUAUGAAUAAUUUUGAUAAUACAAUCUUCGACAACCGGCCGGUAUACUCUCGCGCGGCGCCCAGUCCUCCAGCGCGGACCAAGUUGUCCCCGUCGACGCGACGACCCGACUUGACGCAAGAUAUGAAGCAGUUCCUGGAGCACAGUAAGUAUCUCUCAACUACUAGUAUCUUAGAUGAGGCACCAGUGCCUCCCAGAAGGAAAAUAUCACCAAAACAAUUAGAUCUUGUAAAGACAGAACCUAGCAAUAGUAGUCAAUCAAGUGAAGAUCUGAUACAGUUUUAAUUUGCAAAGAAGCAUUUCUUUGUUACCCACCUAGUAUAAAGUAAGAGUUUUGAAUGUACCCUUGCCUUCAAUAGUCGUUAGUAUUAUUAUAUCUUAAUUUAUAGUGAAAAUAUUAAGGCCAUUGCUACAACCAUGAAUUACUUCAUGAACCUAUCAUGUAGAACUGCAUUUAUUACGAAUCACAGCAAUUAUGGUUAUAAAUACAACUUAUUGAUUCAAUAUUAUUGUGAUAUACUUAGUGUGUAAUUUAUAAAUACCUAUAAAUUAUGUCAAAAUCAUACCAUUUCGUUAUGUAAUAGGAUUUACUGUAUAAAGUAGCAUCAGAGAAGUUUAUCAAAUAAUAUAAAAUAAAAAAUAUUUCCCUGUGUGAUAUGAAUCAUAUUAAUCAUCAUAACUUAUAUUAGACAAUUGCAAUAUCCUGCCCAUUACUUACAUUUUGUGCAAUAAAUAAAACCGUAAUCCAAUCAGUUUCUCGACGAAACAAGGCAAAAACAAAUUGCGGUCAGAUUGAGAUGCAAUUCAAUUAACUUUCACCAGUGGUUAUUGUUAACUUCGCUAAUUUAGAAGUCAUUAAAUAUUGUAUCUAUACCAUUGUCAUUUUGAAUCACAAAAUUAAGAGACUAACAACGAUUUAAAUUAAUUGAAACAAUGAGAUUAGUGUAAAUAAGUUAAUCGACGAAGAUGAAGACAAUGCGCAGUGUGUUCUAGUCAGAUUUAUGGAAGUAAACCUUGAACAAAAUGAUAAUAUAUGACACCUAUGCUUAUGUAAUCAUAUGAGUUUUCUAAAAGACAUUUUUAUGUAUGUAAUUUGUAAUUUGUAAUUUAACAUAAUAUUUUUAUAGCGGACGUAUUUAAUAAUUAAAUUUUUAAUAAAGGUAUUUGCACUUUGAUAUCUUUAGAUAGAAGUAAAAAUAAGACGAAUGUGUAACAUUUAUGAAGGUCGAUUCGCACAUUACAACGUAAUCAGUAAAGUUCAUUUUGCCACUUGUAUUAUAAUGAUAAGGUUCUGUUACCGCUUCGUGUCUAGGGAUUAGCUGUGGUGAUGGUGACGGUGAGUUCAACGGCGUAAUACUGUCGUAACGUAGUUGUUGUCACAGGACUGUAGUUUGAAAUCCGUCCAGAAUUAACACGAAUACGUAUAAAUCAAAAUAUUUAUACUAUAAGCACGUGUGAUGUAGGUACAUUUUUGGUAUGAAUAUGAGAAGUUGGCAAUGCGCGGAUUUGAUAACCCUUCCGUGAUUAUCUGUCUCGCUCGAGAGGAGAGUUGCAUGGAAGAGCGAUUUACGCAUAAAUUCACGCGAAUUCCAAAUCUCACUUGUCUUACGCGGCUUUUUUGUAUUGAAUUCUAUUUUACUAGGUAGGCAGAUAUUUCACGAAUAUAUAAAUGUUAAGAAAUAUACAAAAAAAGGGAAUUAAUGUUUAUAGCGACGAUUUGAAUAUCAGAUGUAGCGAAUCGAUAUAUAGUAUAUAUGUAUUUAGUAAGAAUUGGUGAAUGAAAUAUAUUUUUUUACGUUUAAUUAAUAAAUAUAUUGAAAACAUACAA